UCUAAGGAUUGACAAAUGUUUAUCAAAAUUGAUUUAAACCUUAUUAUACCAUUAAUAUAAAUUUUGCUUUCUUUGUAGGCACACAGAGAAAAAAGAACGCUGGUUUUCGGUUCUUAAGAAAUAAUUAUAUUUUGGUUUUAAAGAGGAAUGAUUCCGAUGAGUGAACUCAAGCGGGUUGAUGUGAGUUCACAUGAACCGCGUGGUGUAACUUUUGGCGGUAAAGGGAGUUUCACCCGGUGGAAGAGUAUGUAGGAGGCCGUUGGUCUUCCCCUCCAAUUAGGGCAGCAAUGAGUAACGACACAAACACCCUCACCCCCCCAAAAAACUCGUCAUUCCCAAAUCUCUUUCUCUCUUUGCAUCCGAGAAUUUUCAGGCACGUCGUUAAUGGCGAUAUCCGAACCCUAACAAGGGUGUGGUUUUGCUCAGGAGGAUCUGCGAAAACCCUAAGUUAAGAGAUUUAUUCUAGGGUUUUAUCUUUUUAUAUGUAUUUUGAGGGAGGCAGGAACAUAAAGAGGAUUGCUCCGGAAGAAGGGUUGUCUUGAGCACUGGUUAUUUCAAGGAAGCGGAUUUCAGUUUAAGGCUUUUCGAGUAGCUGAAAAUGGAGUCAGAGGAGCCAACAACGGAGGAUCGGGCGAGGAAGAGGAGAAAAAAGGGAAACCAAUAUGAUUGUCUUGAUAGUAGAGGGAGGGUUGAGACAAGGGCUAAGGCCCUGGUAGGAAGAUAUGUGAAGAAGUUCUUUGAAGGGAACGGGGUUUUCCUAGGGAAGGUUGUUUCUUAUAGUAGUGGAUUGUACAGAGUUGAUUACGAGGAUGGGGAUUUUGAGGACCUGGACUGCGGGGAAAUUCGCGAGUUCCUUGUUGCAGUGGGUGAUUUUGAUGACGAUCUUAAUACCAGGAAGAUGAAAUUGGACAACUUGAUUUCUUCGGGUGAUUCAAGGACGCCAAGCAGGAUAACUGAGCAGAAGGCAGUGACAUCUGCAAACGGAUUUGAUAGCUAUGAAGCACCUACUGCCAGUAAGUUGAAUUCUGAACUCGAAUCGGGUUCCAGGAAAAGUCUUGAAUCAGGAGGGAUUCAGCUUCAUGAAGAUGCUGACUCUUUCAGUGAUUCGUGUGAAUAUGUUCCAGUACGGGAAUCUUUCUUAGAGGCGGAGAGCCCUUUUAUUCCACCACCAUUAUUGCCUCCUUCCUCGGGUAAUUUAGGUGUUCCAGAGGAGAUUGCUUCUCACCUGUUUUCUGUGUACAAUUUCUUGCGUUCAUUUAGUAUACAGCUAUUUUUAAGUCCAUUCGGACUAGAUGAUUUUGUUGGUUCGCUUAAUUGUGUCGUCCCCAACACUUUGCUGGAUGCCAUUCAUGUUGCCCUUUUGCGUGCAUUGAGGCGACAUCUUGAGAUGCUUUCUUCUGAUGGUGCAGAGUGUGCAUCAAAAUGCUUGAGGCGCAUCAAUUGGAGCUUGCUUGACACAAUGACCUGGCCAGUUUACUUGAUUGAGUAUCUUCUGGUAAUGGGGUAUACAAAUGGGCCAGAAUGGAAAGGAUUUUAUGCUGAUGUCUUAAACAGGGAAUACUACACCUUGUCUGUGACUAAGAAGCUGAUGAUCUUGCAGAUUGUGUGUGAUGAUGUCUUAGAAUCUGCAGAACUAAGAACAGAAAUUGAUAUGAGGGAAAGCUUGGAAGUGGGGGCAGAGUUGGGUGAGAUUCCGAGCAUUACUCCUGAAAAUGGGCCAAGAAGGGUCCAUCCUAGAUAUGCCAAGACUUCAGCUUGCAAAGACUCAGAAGCUAUGGAGAUAAUAUCUGAUAAGCCUCAUGAUUCAAAGUCACCAUCUCAUUCAAACCAUUUGGGGAUUAAUGUUCCUGGAGUGGAUGCAAAUGUCAUUGAUAUUGAUCAGGAUGGGAAUAGUGAYGAAUGUCGCCUUUGUGGCAUGGAUGGGACAUUGAUUUGCUGUGAUGGUUGCCCUUCAGCUUACCAUUCAAGAUGCAUUGGUCUGAAUAAAAUCAAUUUACCUGAAGGGUCAUGGUUUUGCCCAGAAUGUAUGAUACACAAGGAAGGACCAGAUCUCAGAGUAGGAAUGGGGCUAAGGGGAGCAGAGUUUUUUGGUAUUGAUCCAUAUGAACAGGUCUUUUUGGGCACUUGUAAUCACUUACUUGUGCUCAAGGCCUCAAUCCAUGCAGGACCAACUUCCAGGUACUACAAUAAGAAUGAUAUUCCAAAUGUCCUGCGGGUACUUUGUUCAUCUGCAGAGCAUGCUACCAUGUACUCAGCAAUCUGUAAAAACGUAUUAAAAUAUUGGGAAAUCCCAGAAGACAAAAAAGAUUUUCUUCCUGAAGGAAGUAUGCAAACUAUAGGCAAAAAAGAAGAUCCCAUGUUUUCUACUUUGUCUGACACCCUUUCUCAUAAGGAUAAUCCAAGUAGUACAACUGAAAGUAACAUGGAGAGCAAAGCACUAUCAGGAUGGGAGAAUGAUUUCCGAGAAGCUGGGUUUACUUCCUUGGGUGGGGUUAACCAUGCGGGACUUCAGAGUCAUGGGAGAGGUGAUGGUGCUACAAGUGAACAGGUUUGUGAAGUCACAAAUACAAAACCCCAUGAACAGUCUGCUGGGUCAAUCUGCCAUCAAGCUGACUCUUCUGAAUUGACACACCAAAGCUCAGCUAGUAGGUCAGCUAUGCUAGAAUUUGCUAACUAUAACUCAGGAAGUAAGAAGGGUCCUAAAAAAGAUGAAGAUGAUCUGACUCUGACAACAAGUAAUGGUUUUGUGAAUGUGUCCUCUGAAAUCAAAGAAGAAAAACAUAGUGAUAGUGGGACAAGGAAAGGAAAAAUGACCAAUGAUUGCCCUUACAUGGGCUCUGCAUUUAAACCUCAGGCUUACAUGAAUCUGUAUAUCCUUGGUGAUGUUGCAGCAACUGCAGCUGCAAAUCUGGCUGUCCUUUCAUCUGAAGAAAAACAUGUUUCUGGUUUACAAGCUUCAGUUGUUCCCAGGAAUUUUGUUUCUUCAAAUGUCUCUCUGCAAGUUAAAGCAUUCUCGUCAGCAGUCUUCAGUUUUUGCUGGCCAAAUUCUGAAAAGAAACUUACUGAGGUCCAAAGGGGAAGAUGUGGUUGGUGUCUUUCAUGCAAGGCUCUCACUACAUGCAAGAAAGGAUGCUUAUUGAAUUUAGCUGCCUCAAAUGCUCUCAAAGGACCUGGAAGGAUUCUAAGUGGUCUUCGUUCCCUAAAGAAUGCAGAUGGAAACAUUCAUGGUAUUGCAACAUAUAUCUUAUACAUGGAGGAGAGUUUACGUGGCCUUCUACUUGGGCCUUUUCUGGCUACAAAUUAUAGAAAACAGUGGCGCAAACAGGUUGAACAAGCUUCAAGUUGCACUUCAGUAAAGCUUCUCUUGCUGAAACUUGAGGAAAACAUUCGCCCAAUUGCCUUUUCUGCAGAGUGGGCCAAACUUGUGGAUGAUAGGUCAGUUGAGUCUUCUGUUGCCCAAAGUGCAAGUCAUCUUGGUGGAUCAACUCAGAAACGUGGACCAGGGAGGCGGAAGAGGAAGCAAUCUACAGCAUCUGAGAUCAUUACUGAUCCUUCCCAGGACAAUCUGAGGGAUGUAAACUGGUGGCGAGGAGGAAAACUCUCAAAGCUUGUAUUUCAGAAAGGAAUUUUACCAUGUUCUGUAGUUAAAAGGGCAGCUAGGCAGGGUGGUUCUCGGAAGAUUUCUGGUAUUUAUUAUGCUGAAGGUUCUGAGAUUCCUAGAAGAAGCAGGCAGUUUGCUUGGAGAACUGCAGUAGAAAUGAGUAAGAAUGCAUCACAGCUUGCACUUCAGGUCAGAUACCUUGAUCUUCAUUUAAGAUGGAGUGAUCUGGACAAGAACUUUCAAGAUGGAAAGGGACCAGAGACUGAAACUUCUGCUUACAGAAAUGCAGUCAUUUGUGAUAAGAAAAUUCAGGAAAAUAAGAUAAGAUAUGGACUAGCUUUUGGUAACCAGAAGCACCUCCCUUCCCGUGUUUUGAAAAAUAUUCUAGAAGUAGAGCAUGUCCAGGAUGGAGAGGACAAGUUUUGGUUUUCUGAAGCUCAGGUCCCGCUAUAUCUAAUUAAAGAAUAUGAAGAGAAGAUGGAAAAGGUUCCUUUGCCAUCAGUUAAGGAGGGCUCACAUUUAUUGUCCAAGUUACAAAUAAGACAAUUAAGAACUUCUCGGAGGGAUAUAUUCACAUAUCUUGUGUGUAAGGCAGAGAAACUAGAGAAGUGUUCUUGUGCUUCAUGUCAACAAGAUGUCUUACUCGGGAAUGCUGUCAAGUGUAGUUCAUGUAAAGGUUAUUGUCACAAGGAUUGUGUCAUAUCUUCGACAGUUCAUGCAAAAGAUGAGGUGGAAUUUUUGAUCACAUGCAACAAGUGUUACCGUGCCAAAAUUGUCACUUUGAAUGAGGUUAGUAAGAAGUCCCUGAUCACUCAAGUGUCACUGCAAGCACAAGAAAAGCAGGAGUUUACAAUCACAGAAGGCACAAAGCAAAAUGGUUAUCUUCAGCCAUUUCUGUUCACUGGAAAUAUGGACACCCAUCAAGAGAUGAAGGCACCUACUCCUAAGUCUAAGUCAGCAACCAAAGUUCGACGUGUGACUAAUCCUACCUAUGGUCUUAUAUGGAGGAAGAAGAAUGCCGAGGACACUGGUACCAACUUCAGGUUAAGCAACAUUUUGUGUAAAGGGAAUUCACACAUGGACCCACCAAGGGCACCCAUUUGUCGUCUCUGCCGCACGCCAUAUAAUCCUGAUCUGAUGUAUAUCUGCUGUGAAACUUGCAGAAAUUGGUAUCAUGCUGAUGCCCUCCAGCUGGAGGAGUCCAAAAUAUUUGAUGUUGUGGGGUUUCGGUGCUGCAAGUGCCGUAGGAAUCGUGCACCCAUAUGCCCCUAUAUGGUUCAAGAAUGCAGGAAGCCACCACGUAUGAGAGCUUCAAAGCAAUCAAGUACAGGAAUGGGCCCUGUCUCUGGAAGCAGCUGUGGGCAAAUUGGAGAAUGUGAAUUUAAUAGACCAGACACAAAGAUGGAAGAGGUAAUCAUAGAGGAGAAUGAUCUACUUGGUUUCUCUGUUGAAAUGGUUGAGCCGACCGCAGAACCUUCAUUAGAAGUUGGCCCUGAAUGGAGUAGUGCUGGACCACAGAAACUCCCAGUCAGAAGACAAAAACAUGAGAAGGAUGCAGAUGUUCUUAAUCCAAGCCCGGUUCCAUCGUAUGUGGUGUCCACUUUUCUUGAACCAAGCAACCAUUUAAAUGCUACUGAGAAAGCAUCAUCUCCUCGAGUGGAAAACGUUGAAUGGGAGUUCUCUGCUGAUGGCUUAACAAAUGAGAUGAUCAACUAUGGAAGCUUGAACUAUGAGGACAUGGAAUUUGAACCUCAGACAUACUUCUCUUUUACUGAGUUGCUGGCAUCAGAUGAUGACCAAUUGGAUCUAUUUGAUGCGCCAAUGGACAUUUCGGGGGGUUUGGGAAAUUCUUCUGGUAGUGGUGCAUUGACAUCCUACAAUCCACCUGAACAAUAUAGAACUGAUACCAUAGAGGGUAAUCAUGAUUUAGCCACAGCUUUGGAACCCACUGUUAACAAGAUACCUUGUGAUAUAUGUUCUUACACAGAGCCAGCUACAGACCUUUCUUGUGAGGUUUGUGGGAUGUGGAUACAUAGCCAUUGUUCACCGUGGGUGGAGCCUUCUUGGGGAGAUAGAUGGAAGUGUGGUAACUGCCGGGAUUGGCGAUAGUUGAGAUGCCUGUCUGUUUUGCAAUUUGGGGUUUGACUACUCUGUCCUUUUGCGGCUUGAGGUAUAGAAACAGGCCAUAACUGACCCUUAAGCAAUGACAAACCAAGGCUUUGAGUUAGUACUCUGGCAGCAACGGUGGGGAUGAACAAAAUUGAAAGAUAAGUUGUCCUUUGCUUGGUUUGGAAAGUUAAGCAAAAUUUUGGAGCAACACUCGGGACAAGUUUCAGAAGAGUACCUCAUGGAUAACUAUUGGUUCCAGAGGUCCUUUAGGGCCAUUACCAAAUGUUGGUCCUGGUUAUCUGGGGUUUUGGGAGGGGUGGACUGGAUUUGGGCCUAGCCUUCAACUUUUUUUUUUUUUUUUGCAUGAAGUGGCCAUUUUCAGACUCAAAUCUGCGUCUCAUGCUUGUCAGCUAGAUAUUUUACUACUGCACCAAGCAGUUUCCCCUCUUCAGAGGUCCCUUCAUUUUUCUGAAUAAAUCAGUGCUUUAAGUACUCAGGUGCAUGCCAAGGUGAUUCUUACUGCUUGAAAAUAACCUAUUUUUUGGGGCCUAUCUAUUGUUUUUGUUUUUGUUUCCUGUUAAUGGGGACGUGGGAAUUUACUAACCGGUCUAAAAGUUUGAUCUACAAGAACUAGCAGCGACUCUUAUCCUGCAUUUGCUAAUUGGUGGCAUUUAAUCAUAUACAUGGGGAAUUGAAUUGAUAUUGGAUUUA